UACACCCCCAAACCAGUCCCUUUUUUGCUUCCCCUUCAAUGGCCUCCUCCUCACAUCUCCUCCCCUUCCACCUCCACCCAUGUCAUUACAACACCAAAACCCCUAAAAACCCCACCUUUAGAGGUGUUUCCUCACCAAAUCUGGGCCAUGGAUCAUGUUAUUUCCAUCAAAAGAGCUCUUUUCAGAAGAACUCAUCUCCCAGAAUCAUGGCUUCUGGGUCAGGAAGGAGACAGGUGCAGAUAGUGUAUGAUCCAGAUGAGAGGAUAAACAGAUUAGCAGAUGAGGUGGAUAAGAACACUGGGCUCUCCAGGCUCUCCCUCUUUUCACCUUGUAAGAUUAAUGUUUUCUUGAGAAUAACUGGUAAAAGAGAAGAUGGGUUUCAUGAUUUGGCUUCCUUAUUCCAUGUAGUUAGUUUAGGAGAUACCAUCAAAUUCUCCUUGUCGCCCACGAAGACGAAGGAUCAGUUGUCGACAAACGUGCCCGGCGUCCCACUCGAUGAAAGGAAUUUGAUCGUCAAAGCGCUUAACCUCUACCGGAAGAAAACCGGAACAGAUAACUUUUUCUGGAUUCAUCUUGAUAAAAAAGUCCCUACGGGUGCGGGUCUCGGUGGUGGAAGUAGUAACGCCGCGACUGCCCUAUGGGCCGCUAACCAGUUUAGCGGCUGCCUUGCUUCGGAGAAGGAGCUUCAAGAAUGGUCGGGCGAAAUUGGUUCGGAUAUUCCCUUCUUCUUCUCGCACGGAGCGGCGUAUUGUACCGGUAGGGGAGAGAUUGUUGAAGAUAUUCCGCAUGCCUUGCCUGUGGACUUACCUAUGGUGCUCGUAAAGCCGCAAGAAGCAUGCUCGACUGCGGAAGUUUACAAACGCUUUCGGCUAGACCAGGCUAGUUCAGUCGACCCGUUGAACUUGCUUAGGGAGAUCACGCAAAACGGGAUAUCUCAGGAUGUUUGUGUAAACGAUCUUGAGCCUCCUGCUUUUGAAGUCUUGCCAUCUUUGAAGAAGUUGAAGAAGCGUAUAAUUGCUGCUGGCCGGGGAGAUUAUAACGCUGUUUUUAUGUCGGGAAGUGGAAGCACGAUUGUCGGCGUCGGUUCGCCGGAUCCCCCUUCAUUCAUCUACGACGACGAUGAGUACAAGGAUGUAUUUGUAUCAGAGGCUUGCUUUGUCACACGCCAAGAGAAUGAAUGGUACAAGGAGCCUGUUUCAUCAAAAGCUUCUUUAAUCAACGAUACACCACCCGAAUUAGCAUCACCUGUUGAAUAAAUGUUCUAAGGAUUCUUCUUUUUCUUUUUUUUUUUAAUUUUCUUUUCCUCCUAUAAUUUUCAUUUAUAGGUCAAGUGGAAAAGAAAUGUUAUGAAUCAUUGUGUUGAUGACUCAAAUGAAAUUGAAAGAUUAUCAUAGAA